CCAUCUGGAAGAAAAAACACAGUGGGAACAUCCUAAGUCUGGGAAGAGGAAACGUGUUGCAGGAGGUCUGCCAUAUGGAUGGGAACAGGAGACUGAUGAAAAUGGACAAGUGUAUUUUGUAGACCACAUAAACAAAAGAACUACCUACCUUGACCCAAGGCUGGCCUUUACAGUCGAAGAUAAUCCAGUAAAACCUACUACUAGACAGAAGUAUGAUGGAAACAGCACUGCAAUGGAAAUUCUCCAAGGUCGUGACUUAAGUGGGAAAGUGGUUAUCAUCACGGGUGCGAAUUCAGGAAUAG